CAGCAUGGCAUUCGAUGGUCAGAGCUUGCUCGACUCGAUUACUUUGAUGCAUGUCGACAAAUUAUUAUUGACCCAAUGCAUAACAUUCUUCUUGGUCUUGCUAAGAAUCAGUGGUAUUACGUAUGGAUCAAAGGUAGGAGUGCACUCAGAGCAAAUACUGAUGCUGGGACUCAGCGUGAGCUCCAGGUGCUCCAUGAUUUUCUCGCCAGUCUUGAGGUCCCACCAUGGGUUGGUCGUUUGCCUUCUCGGCUUGGUGAGCCUGCUGGAGGAUCCCUUUCGGCUGAUGAAUAUAAGCUUCUACUUACAGUUUUCGGACCACUUGCUAUUCCCUGUGUAUGGGACAUGCACUUGGGGGAAGCGACUACUGACUAUGCAAAAGCGCUAGAGCGAGCAAAUGUAGGUGUUAUGAACACUGUUUUGCCACAAUCUGGGCUAGUGCAAGGCCACCAGGCUGGUCGGGGUAUGAGAAGGGCAGGUCGGGGACACCGUUCCCAGAUCCCGGAAGCUGAUGCACUGCAAGGUAUGUCACUUGCUUCCAUUGUAAAAUCCCACUGAUUACCUUCUCAGCUCCACUGUCUAUAUACCCACGAAUGAAGCUGGAGGAGGUGGAUAAUUUUCUCAAACUUGCUGCAGCUGUAGAUGUCCUCCUUGCCCCGUCGUUGAAAACCCAUGAAUUGAACAAGGCAGAUCUGCGAUUGCGACAAUACUUACACACCUUUUCUCAGCUGUACCCGGACCUCAUGAAACCAAACAUGCAUUUCUGUGUCCAUCUUCGACAGCAGAUACUAGACUUUGGCCCUGUUUAUGGCUUCUGGGCCUUCUUAACAGAGCGUCUCAAUUUCGUUCUAAAGCAAG